AUGCAAGACCGAGUUUUUGUUGCACAAAUUGAUGCUUCUUUUUCCACAGAUAACAUGCUGAGAGUUUUCGGAAGGAUAUCAACAAGGCAAAUCCAUUCAUGUCGUGUAUCAUGCACGCAAGAGUCUGCAAAUGAUGCCUAUUACCGCUAUCAAGUGCAUGGCAAGGGUCGGCAAUUUAUCGAUCUGGUGCGAAUGACAGCAAGAGGUGGCAAUGGAGGCGAUGGAUGUGUAUCGUUUCACCGGGAAAAGUAUCUUGCCAAAGGACCACCUAAUGGCGGCAAUGGUGGACGUGGUGGCAGUGUUAUAGUGGAAGCUUCCACUGACGAGACAACUCUACGACACGUUGGGCGAGUUUGCAGUGGAAAACGAGGCCAAAAUGGAAUGGGUGGCGGUCGCCAUGGAACCAUGGGUGCUGAUAUGGUAGUCAAGGUCCCUAUUGGAACGAUUGUACGUGAGCUAGAGUCAUCAAGAGCAACUAGCCUACAAGAAGAUGAUGAAGAGGAUGAUUAUAAUGAAGAGGAUGAAGCAGAGCGACUUGCCAAACGAUGGGUGCUAUUCCCCCGUGAACAAGGACGUGAUUUGGGGCCUGGCAGAGUGGAUUUCUUUAAACAAGCACAACGUACCAUGGAACAAGAAGAUAAAUAUCUGCGAUGGCGUGCACGUCAAGAACAACCAGGAUUGUUGCAAGUGGAUUUGACAGAGGAAGGACAACAAGUUGUAUUGUGUCGUGGUGGUGCUGGUGGCUAUGGCAACCCUCAUUUCUUGACCAAUGAAAACCGAUCGCCCAAGUUUGCCACAAGAGGUCGUAAAGGAGAGGUGCGUGAAUUUGAACUUGAGCUCAAGACCAUUGCCGAUAUCGGUCUAGUGGGAAUGCCGAAUGCUGGCAAGUCAAGCCUUUUAGCGGCUAUCUCCAAUGCCCAUCCAAAGCAAGCUGCUUAUCCCUUUACUACUUUGCAUCCUUUUGUGGGUACGGUGGAUUAUGCCGAUACUUUCCAAUUAUCAGUUGCCGAUAUUCCAGGUCUUAUCAAAGGAGCACAUGCCAACGUGGGUCUUGGUCAUGCGUUCUUACGCCAUGUCGAACGUGCAAAGAUAUUGGUCUAUGUCAUUGACUUGAGUGGUCCUGCACCUUGGGAAGAUCUCGAAACAUUACAAUAUGAGUUGGAAGCCUAUCGCCCUGGAUUGACAAAACGAUCCUCUCUGAUUGUAGCCAACAAAGCUGACCAAGUUCGUACUGCCAAGGAUAAUCUCAAACAGCUGCAAUCGCUUGUCACGGAUAUCCCCAUCGUCACUGUAUCCGCACGUUACGAGAAGAAUAUCUUGAAAUUGACAUCCACAAUGCGUAAAAUGGUUCAAGAAGCAAGAAGGUUAGAAGAGCAACUUAAGCAACAUGAUGAAGAAUCUCCUUUGGAAUAA